AUGGCGUCCUCAACAGCUGUGUCGAUUACCCCGACUCCCAGGGAUGAUUUGCUGAAAUCACUGGAAAAGCAUAAUUCCACUUUUACCACUCUGCUGAGUCUUAUCCCUGCUCAGUAUUAUAUUGCACCUGAUCCAGAAGUGGCCGAUAGCAAAUGGAUGAAGAACAAGAAGAGAAAGACGGGUGAAGAGAUCAAGGAGCAUAAGAAAAAAGUCAAGCAAGAUAAGCUCGACCCCAGUAAUCAGAAAACUCUCGAUCAGCUUCAAUCCACUUCAACAUCCGAUCCUCUCAACGGUGAAGUUGAUGAGAACACCGCCGAAUCAGCUGCUUCCACCUCAGCCUCAGCAUCUACCAACCUCCAACCUCUUCCACCGUCAACGUCGAUAUCCGAACUCCGAGCUAAACUUCAAAACAAACUUGAUUCAUUCAAGAAGCAACGGGGUGUCAACUUUGAGGACGAAGCUGGAUCGAGGAAUGCUUUGGAGGAGGAACGAAGGAGGAGAAGAGGUGAAUUGAGGGAUAAUAGGAGAGAGAAGAGGAAAGAGGAGAGGAAAAGGGAAGGAGAGAAAGGGAAGGUCGCCAAGACCCAGCUCAUCGUUCCUCAAUUACCCAGAGAAGACCCCACUUCAUCCCUAUCCUUCCCGUCUGUCUCAUUACCGUCUUCAUCCUCGUCUAAACCCAAAAACAAACUCGGUUUCAAACAGCUGUCCAACCCUACUCAGGCUUUGGAGAACUUGGAGAAACAUAAAUUGCACUUGAGCUCGCUGAGCGAAGAUAAGAGGAAAGAGAUCGAGGAGAGGGAAAGAUGGGCUAAAGCAGAAGAGAGAGCGUCUGGUAAGAAGAUUGUGGACAAUGAAACUAUAUUGAAGAAAGCUGUUAAGAGGAAGGAAAAGGCGAAGAGUAAAAGCUCUUUGGCUUGGGCUGACCGUAAGAAGGAAUUGGAGAAAUCUGCCGCUACAGCUGCCAAGAAGCGAAAUGAUAAUAUCGCUAAGAGGGUUGACGAUAAGAGGAAUAAGAGGUUGGGUAUCAAGGAUAAAGGUACUGGUAGUAAGAAGGGGAAAUCCAGACCUGGGUUUGAGGGCAAGAAGGGAAAGGGUGGGGGUAAGAAGUAG